GAAAUCAAUACCACUGUUUUCAUACAUAUUCUUUGUUCACUGUCUACACGGAAUCAUGAAAACGCUAAAUCAGCUUUAUGUAGCGAAACAGAGAUGACUUGUCUAUAUUCAUCGUUUGUUUCGUUUUUGCAAGGUAAGAUAUAUUGAGUCGUCACAGCGAUAUUCAAUGGUGAGUGAGUAAAUAAGCUACUGUCAGCUGUCAGCAUAAUUCGAUAACUCGACGAAUUUAUUCUUNAUUACGAUAAUCGAUGUUUACCCACACCACACCGGGGGGUCUGCAGGUGUAUUAUUCGUGAACAAUACAUGACAACAAAAUAACACGCACGCGCGUUCCUUCUCAUUGUUCGAGUGUUCCAUGAUGCAUGUGACUUUGCAGACGGGUUGAAAUCAAUACCACUGUUUUCAUACAUAUUCUUUGUUCACUGUCUACACGGAAUCAUGAAAACGCUAAAUCAGCUUUAUGUAGCGAAACAGAGAUGACUUGUCUAUAUUCAUCGUUUGUUUCGUUUUUGCAAGGUAAGAUAUAUUGAGUCGUCACAGCGAUAUUCAAUGGUGAGUGAGUAAAUAAGCUACUGUCAGCUGUCAGCAUAAUUCGAUAACUCGACGAAUUUAUUCUUUGCUUUUCUUCAGACGAAAUAGAUACCUUAAAAUUAUGUCUUGCCGGUCAAAGAUAUUCAAGCUUGUUUCCGAAAUCAUAGUAAAUAGCAGCAAUAUCUGAUUGGAAAUGUUUUUAAUACCUUUCUGAACCACAAGACAGCGAGGUUAAUUUAUUUCUCCUGUUCAUGCUUCCCGAGAAGUGUGCACGAUCUUAUCUUUGUUUAUUUUCGUCUUCAAAAACUGCGUUUUUGACCGUGAAACACUUCGACGGCUCUCUUUUGUCAGAGCGUUUUGGAACAUUGCUGGUAUUUCUCUCCUUGUACACUGUCCUUCAUUCGGAGAGUUCAACAAAAUCAAAUGUUCUGAGCUGAAGUAAUUCUGAAACGAAGAAGGCAUGCAGUUUCGACACUCCGUGUCAUUGUUAAUUGCAUUAUCAUUUAGAUAAUGGCACGUCUCGCCACGGAUUACGGAAAUUUCUAUUUCGAGUGGGUUUAAGUUGCAAAUUUUUGUGAAAUACGCGGUUUUUAGGCCUACUUCGCCAGCUUGGAUGAAUGGUAUAAUAAAAUAAUACCACAACUUAUAAGACCUAAAUUCACGUCACUUUCAUAAUAGUUAAAUUGAAUUGAAAAUUAAGCCAGUUCAUGCUGCAAUUUGAAAAAAUAAAAUUGAACGUGGAAUUUUAUAGGAAGAUUCAGGAAAAAGUUAUUAUACACUGUAGUGUUUGCAAACUCCGUAUUAUUUUCUUCAUAAUUAUGAUUAUUUUGUUAUUUACUUUAGUUUUGAUCCAGUUAUGAGGGAGAAAAAUGUCAAUCAGGUUAUUAAUUGUGUUCGUAUGAUGACAAAUAACCAUUCCUUUGUAACAUUAUAAAAGUUUUGUUGUUUUGUUAAGUCUUAUUUUUUUGUUUGAAAUAAACUGAACUAAGAUUGUCACCUGCAGUUAGAAGUAGGGAAAUAAUAAAUUGUCAGCCAUUCAGAACAUUAAGAUCUAGACAUCAUAAUAAUAGAACAGGUUACAUUUGAGUUUGUAAACUACAGCUGCUGCUAACAACAUUUAUUUUUUUUGCUUUCCUUUUCAAUUAGUGAAUUUUUCCUCUAAUGAGAAAAAAAAAAGAUGGCUAAAAAAAUUAACAUUACAUGCAUAUUAUUUUGUGAAGACUAGUAAUAAUAAUAAUGAUAAUAUUAAUAAUCAAGUUGAAGUUCAAGUUCAUUUUCUUUUUACACUAUUUGCAUUGUAAGUUCACAGAUAUAAAUGAAAACAGUAACAGAUUCUCUUGAAAAUUUAAUUAAAUAAAAUAACACAUAGCAUACUCAAAGUUCCCCCCAAAUUUUAGCUCAGCAGGUAAGGGACCAUUCUUGAUGGGUAAGACAAUAUGCACCAGAGGCGCACUCUCCUGUCAGGGCAGGGGCUUCGUGUUCAUGAAGGCUUUUAUUUUCUAGCAUCUUGUCAACCAAUUGACCGAAAAGUAUUUUAAACACCUCAACACAAAGAAUUUUAUGAAUGAAAGCUGCUUUUGCUGCUAGGGUCAAUUUAGUAACACAAGUCACGGAAAUUGCAAACUUUUCCUGCUGGUUGAGAUUAAAGUCUGAGAAGCCCACGAAAAAAUUGUUAGCCUGCGCUGCUUUGAAAGGUGCCAGUCAGCAUUUACAUGUAAAUAAAAUAAUCAGAGGGAGUAGCUUUGUAUACCUUUUCUUAUUCCGUAUUUACUUCCUUUUCUUGUGAGGAUCAGCUUGAAUCACAACUUGCAUAUUUUUGGAAACAACUUAUUUAAUUUUAGCAACACUUCAAGUGGUUGCAGGUGGUAAGAAGUGUUGCUUCAAACGGUAAAUUUUACCGGUUACCGCCUGAUAUAAAGGAGAACCCUGAUGUAUUGAAUGUGUGUGGUGGCCAAAGUAGCAACUGCUUUCAAAUAUGAAAUAAAUAUAUGAAAAUAGUGAAUGAUAAAUAAAGAGAUAACGCUAAGUUAAAAGGAGAUAAUUUCAGUCUUCAGUUUGAUCAAUAUAUAUCCUUUUUAAAAGCCAGCACCAGGUCCUUAGUUCAAAUUUCCUUAAAUGAUUUGACAGUGAGUGUGUUGCUUGCGUUACCUGUAGAUGUGGCUUAUAAAAUAGACAGUCGGGUUGCUCUUACACUCUUGCCAUGUUCUGCUGCUGGCAGCUCAUACAAGUCAUCCCAAUAAUGAUAUGAUGGUGAUUAUGAAAAUUAUUAUGUUAAGUGGUGUUUUACUUCUCAAAUAGUUAUUAGUAAUAUCUGAUAAAGUCGAAAGGUCAGAUCUACUUCUGUGGUUGCCCAAAACAACUUCUAAGGAGAUUUUUGAAAACUAAUAUUCACUGGGUGUUCCUGAUGAAAUAUUGAAAUCAGUUGGUCUGCAUCAGGUUUAACAAUAUCAGAUUUGGAGAAAUGUAAUUGUUGUUAUUUUGUAAUUGAAUUUUCUUUCAAUUACUCUGUCUGAAAGCUCUCUCUGUAAGGGCAUGAUGAGCUCUUCCCAUACUGGAAAUCAUUGUCUCUUUAAACAGAUUUUGCUGAUUGACAAGAAACAAACUGUUGAUCUUAUUAUUAAUUAAUUUGCUUCCUGUUAUCAUUAGGGCUAUUGGAUAAAAUUAAAUGUGCUCUUUAUAUAGGAUGUUGUUUUCUGCGUACAUACAAAUCAACAUUUUUGCCUUGAAAUAAUUUUUAUCUCUACUUUUAAGACUGCAGCUUAAAAAUGCAUAAAACAGUCGGUCAAAAACUGUGCAGCUGUAGUCUAAAUUCUUUCAAUUCUUGAGUCUUAAAAUGCAAACCUGUGACUAUAUGUCUUUCAGAAAAUAUGUAACUAAUCCUGGGGUUAGUGCUGCAUUUUUUUGUGGCUUAAUAAAUAAAGGUCAUAAACAAUAGGAGACACUCUAUCCAUGGCAUUUCACUUUAGCCUGUAGCUAGUUGACGCUUGAAACCUCCACUUCCUACAGUAGGUCAGAACCAUAUCUGGUUUCUCAGCAGAUGCUUAAUUGAGAAAGAAAAGAAGUUCUUGUCCUUCGAUGACUGCUGAGAUCCCAGAGACUCUAAAAGAGUUAGUAGGGACUUAAAGAUCCUAGGACAGCGACGGCGGCAAAAAUUUUGCUUUAAAAAGUGCAUUUGCAUUCUUUCAAUCUUCAUCUUGGUUAUUCCAAGACUUGACAAAGUACAUUACUUAGUAAUGUACUUUGUCAAUUUGUACAUGUAGGUGAACUCUUCGGGAGUUGAAUUUCUAAUACAAGAAAUGAGAAAGAGAGAGAACGUUUGUGACCACUAAAGUCUUGUUUGCAUCCUCUUUAACUCAUGAAAUUAGGCAAUUUCACAUAGUAGUUGUGCAUUGACAUGUGUAGAGAAGGUGUUUUGCAUGUUAAACCUAUUAAUUGCAUUUUAUGAUGUUCUCAUUACUGCAGGUUGCAGUCGGAUCUUAAGUUCCCUAUCCUUAGUGUUUUUUGCUGUGUCCCCACGCAGUCCUGGCACAAAAGUGAUUGGUUUUUGUCGUGUUUACUUAUAGAUUAUUUUUUCUUUUCAUCAAGGAACAUAUGAAGUUCAGACUUCAGAGAGAGCAAUGAUCGUAGUAUAUGAAGAAUAGACUAUGGACUCGCCUAAGAAGGAGGUUUCAAGUGCUGCGACCCCACGUGAAGUUGACUUGUUUGCGGAGGAGGCAUUGGAGGAAGUGUUUGAAACAAUCGAUAGUCUGCGAGCUCAGUUUGAUCAGCUACAAAUACACUGUGAGAAGUUGGCUGCAGAGAAGGCUCAAGUGGAUCAGCUCUUAAUAGAUAAGGAAACAGAAUAUCAACGAAGAAAGGAAUUGCUCCAAGAAGAUGUUAGUAAUCUUAGAAAAGUCAACCUACAAUUAUUAGCUUCGCAGAAAGCAUUUACUAAAGGCGAAACAGGUAUCAACUUUUACUAUUUUACUCUAAAAAUGAUAUCAUGUUUUGAUGUGUCUACUUUUUAAUUAAUAAUAUUUUGUUCACUGGAGUGAAAGAGAUAUUACAUGUACUUUGUCUUGGUUUGCAACGUGAUACAUGUAGCUUGGUCCUCAAGCAGCCAUAAUGGCUAUUCAGUAACUUGAAUUCUUCUUUCAUAAACACAAUUGGUUUUCUAGUACGAUCCUAAAGAUUCUUGAAUUUUUUUACCCCCAAAUACUUCCUAAGUACCAGGUGUGAGAUUGACAAAGUUUUAUUUGUUUAAUUUAAACCAACAACUCCCUUUCAUCUGACAAUAAUGUAAUAAAUGAGGGCAAAAAUACCAAUAGAGAAAGUGUUCUGCUAUUGCUUCACUCUUAACAGUGAAUAUUAGCGUCGUACAUGGCUGUAUUUCAUUGGUACUAUAAAUUCCUUCUCAGCAAAAUGCACUCUAGGGCUGCAAAAAGUAUGUAUUACAGUAAAAUGAACUCAACUGUGGCCUUUUAGCAUUAAUCAAUCCAUCACAGGCCAUGUUCACAAAAAGAGUGUGUCAUAAGUUACUUGUUAGCCUAUCAAACAAGAGAACAUGUUUUCUUAAAUAUCAAUGUGCAGUGGUGGCCCUUAGGUUGAGUUCUGUGCACUGUAAUUAAUUUAUAUACACCUUAGUAUCUAAGAAAUAAGCCAGAUAUAGGGUGUAACAUCUGAAUGUACAUUAACAUUAAUUUUAUUCAAUUUUAUUGGUACACCAAAACUAUGAAUAAUUUAUACCUGUAGACAUUCACUUACAUAUAAUUUUAUUCACGUAUGUUACACGUUAAAUUUGAUUUCAGGUUAAAAUUUUUUAACCCAGGUCAAUUCUCAAUUUCCUUUGUCCCUCAAUCAGAGCUAGGAGAGAAAGGAAAUUGAGAAUCAACCUAGGUUAAAUCAAAGUUAACCUGAAAUCAAAAUUAAUUUAACCUGUAACAUAUAUGUUGUGGAUCAAAUUUUAAAUUUUAAAUUGUUAUUUUAAUGUUAACAUACAUGUACCUGAAAGUAUUUAGGAAAAUAAAAUUUGAAUGGAAGUAAGGAUAAAAUAAUCACAACAUAUACAUGUAGCCUACAAUUAACAUGCAUCAUGAAAGAAACACGUGGGGUAACAGUGUCAUAAUUAUGAUAAUGACUCUUUAAUACAAUUGUAACAAGAAGUUUUUUAUUGUAGGUCCUGUGGAUUUGGGUAGCUUGGGUUUUGUUGUUGAUUCUGAGAAACUGUACCAAGAAAAAGUAGAGGCAGAGGCUAAGGUAACUAAAAGAAAUUCCAUGGAAAAUGGGAGCAAUAUACAGUCACUUUGGAGAAAAAGAAAAAAAAUUCUGGAGAACGUUAAUUUUCUGGUCACUUGACAUCUUGACAAAUGUUCUACAGAAGUUUUAUUCUCAGCUAGUCAAAAAUGCUAAAAACUGUAAGAAUCAUGCAUGGUGAAAGGAUACAAAAUUGAAGGUUUUAGUAGUCCUAUGACACAAUUUUUAUUAGUCUUACUCUUUCUUAUUGUAUUUUCUUUGUUUAAGUUUUUGGUCAAAAUAAAGUUUGUCAGAUUAUUGCUAUUGUGCAACUUUGUAUGGAGUGCGACCUGUUUUUGUUCUGCUCCAAUAUUUUAUUUGCUUGGAGUGAUAGCUAACUUUUCCAAAUGUGAUUCAAACAAUUGAUGACCUUUCAAAUUGGCAGGUGGACGCACUGCAGUUAAAAUUGCUGGAAAAAGACAAGCAGUUAUCAAGCUUAGAAUGGCAGCUGGUAGAUGCAGAGGCAACAAUUGCCUCUCUACAGGCAGAAAGAGACCGUCUGGCUCUAGAACUAGACUGUGCAGUUGGGAAAGAACAGGAUGACCUCCAUGCGCUAGGUGCGGUUGGUGAUACGUCCAGUAAUGACCCGCUUGAACAUCUUGAAUAUGGCUUGGUUGAGUCUGGUUAUGUUGAUGACAUGCCUGUAAGGCGAGUCCGUAAGCAGCCUCGGCGGCAUCUUAGUGACUUAACCUCACGUGGCAGUUCGCAUGUUGAGGACUUUGGCGCUGUGUUCAUUGGUAAUUCCAGUUUUUCAGACUAUGAUGUUCCACACUUAGCAGAAAAAGAGUAUAAUGGAUUGGGUGGCUUGAAGCGAGCUAAUAACUUCAGUGAUAUAAAUAACCUUGAUGAGCAUGAGGUUUUUGACAGAAGGGCAAGUGAGUCUGCCUUGAACAGUGUUGGCAAGUGGGAAAGUUUUGAUGAACCUGAUGGAGACCUUUCACAGUCUAGUAAGAACAAAUGUGGUGGAGAUAUUGAAGGCAUAGCUAGAAAAGUAAAUAAUAGAAGAGAUCAGGACAUGUGGACUUUUACUCCAGACAGCAUCAUCAAUGUGUCAACAGGUACAUGUAGGUACCUUAUAAUAACUGACAAAAAUAAAAUAUUAUUUUAAGCAGUGAAAUAGUUCAAAGGGAAAAAAGAUUGUAAAGAAGAUUUUACUUUUAUUUUUGGAAGGUAUUUAACCCAUUUCUAAAAGAUUGUUGUGGGAUGGUGUGUGGACAAACUGAGGGAGUGUUAUGGAGUGCUUAAUGUAACCAUGACAACCGAGUAGCAACCACCAGGCACCAUCACACUGAGAACCUCAGCAGAGAGUUUCGUAGAUACUUAAUUACCAAGACUUAUCCUCAGGGAGGGAGGGAUUGGGAAACAAAAUGGCUUGAACAACUGCACAUGACAGCAAUGUGAGCAAAAUUAAAAAAUUACUGUCACCCUCCAAUUGCCCUAGGUCUACCAUGCAUACAAGAUGGCUGGCAUGCACUGUCUCAUCUUUUACCUUACCUAAAUAAUUUUGUGUUUAGCCACAUUUGAAAACAUACUACUAUUAUGAAACCUCACAAUAACACUGCUGCAGCCCAGUAGUUAUUUAACUCAAGUAGUUUUUAAAUUUCACUGCGGCAAAACCUACAUAAUACAUGGAACCCAAUGUCAGUCUCCGUUAAGUUAAAAAUAAUACAGCUUUCAGCUGACUAGCUUGAAGAUCCUAAUUGAAGAUAGAAAGAAAAUGUUUCAAUUUACUGAUGCUUUUGACGUGUUUGCCUAACAGAGAGUGUCUGCUUGAUGUGGAGGUUCAAAUGAAUGUACUUUCAAUUGCUAGUCUAGGAGUUGAAGACUGUCGCAAGUGAAGUUCUUUCAUAGGCUACGCCAUUGUACUAAGUGUUUUUUAAUGACAUGAGCAAAGUUUCCAGGUGUGAGACAUACAGCUGUACAUUGUACUUGAAUCUCAUCUAUAAUUAUAAGUUAUCAGUUUUUUUGUUGUCUGGUAUAACUUUUAAAUUAUAUCUCUCCCUAGGGGAGGAAUUGUCUAGUGUGCCUCCUUCACCAAAUGAUGUUCGAAAGCUUUCAAAGGACUCUUCUAUAAAGGGAGCUGAAAAUACUGCAAACAAUGAGGAUUACUUAGAACAGAAUGGAGUGCGCAUUCCCAGUGAAUCACCAUCAGCAGAGGGGGCAAGCAGUAAUAUUCACAUAAAUAAUGAUUCUACAAGCAAUUCCACUAAAAGCAGACCUGAUUCUAGAAGGUCAUCCAGUGUUCUGGUUACUCAAGACAGUUCACCACUUAAAACAACUAGAAGAACAGCUAGUGAUGCCAGCAUGAACAAGAAACUUCAAGAAUAUCAUAAAUGGAAAGUGGCAGGAUGCAAGGGAGAUCCACCAGCCAAGCUUAAAAUAUCUCCGUAAGUUCUCUUUAUGCUUAGGGGAUUUGUGGUUUGGAAAAUGAAUCGGAGAAAAAUGACAAUAAUGGGGUGAAAAAAUAUAAAGAAAAUCUAAAAAAUAAUGUAAUGGAAAAUUUGGAACUUCCAAAAUAAUAGAACAGGUCAAGACAAAAAUUAGUAAUAGUAAUAAUAAUAAUGAUGAUGAUGAUGAUAAUGAUGGUGAUGAUGAUGAUGAUGAUGAUGAUAAUGGUGAUGAUAAUAAUAGCGGUUAUAACAAUGAUAAUGAUAAAAAUAACAAUGGCAAUAAUGAUUACCAUAACGAUAACAAACAGCGAGGAUUCUGAGAGAAGGUGCUUGAUUUCUAAAUUUCCUGGAGAGUCCCCAAGUGAUCCUUGGUCAUUUGUCAUGACUUGCUUCCUUGGAAUAUAUGUCGGCAUGCAAACAGCCAGAGCUGAGAGCAAUAACAGUGAUAAUGAAUAUUGAAAAAACAAAAAUUAACUGAAAUAAAAAAUUAAUUACAACAUACAUAUACCUUGUUUAUUUUAGUAAGCGCUGUCCUUGAUGAAGUGCCACCCUCGAAUAAGUGCUGCAUUCAGAAAAAAAGUUAAUAAGCACUGCAACCAAAUAAGCAUCGCAGCCUUGAUAUAAUCAAAAUCAAAAGAUGUUUAUUCUGUUACGGAAAAUAUUAAUGCUGUAGUGAAUACAAUUUUUUGUCGCCUCCAAUUAAUCUCAACUAAACACUGCCCUUGAAUAAGUGCCGCAUUCAAGGCGUGAAAAGCUUAAUAAGUGCCGUGGUGCUUUUUUGAGUAAAUAGGGUAGUUGUGUACAUGAUACCACUAUUUUUGUUUCUUUAUGUGCACAAGAUAUCAUUUCUUUUUACUGAGUUCAGACUUCAUGAUAAUAUUGACUAACCAGAGACAGACAGUCAAUGUUUUUUUUUUUUGAUUUUUCAGAUGCUGAUUGACAGAGAGAAUGCCAUUUAAAGUUGCUGGAAACUAAUGGGACUCUCCUUUGUGCAAUUCAAGGCCACUCUCUUUACCAUAAUGUUUGUGGCAGUUCACUUUUCGUAUUACAGUAGUCUCUAAUUUAAAGUUGAUGCUACUGUUGGCAUAAUGAACAAUUUCUCAUUUCUGUAUUUCUUUGGGUUUUUCCCUCUCUUUAUCUCUCUGUUUUUUUUUUUUUUUACAAAGCAGUUGUUUUUGGUCUCAUUUGUUUAAAUUUAAUGUGAAAGAAAGGGUGGUGUAUCAACUGUUUGGCUGUAAUUCUAGAAUUGAUAAUUAGGCUGGAGUGAAACCACAUUUACCGUACACUAUUAUUACAUUUUCUAAGAUCGUACAAA